UCUGGCAACGCCAGGGAGCGCUUAAAUUUUUAAGAACUUUUUUGCUCCGCUGUUGUUGUGAUUUUUUUGUAAAUCCCCCGAAAAUGGAGCAACAUUUUGAGCCGGAGACGACCGUGAAAAGUACUGAAACGGAUAUCCUGCAUCCCGACGACGCCCAGUACAUUUGGCUGCCCUUUUUGGUGCUCGUUGGCAUUUUUGUUCUGGCAGCUGUGGUGUACGUAAUGUCUCGCAGUCGCUGCCGGGUUUCCUGGGAUUGUCUGAGACGCAGGAAGGCCCCGCGAAGUGGGUAUAUCAACGUGGACGAGGAGGAUUCCGAUGUGCCCAUGGCCUGCGGAGAUGAAUUGGGGGAUCACCAGAUUACAGCCAGUCUGCUCGCCGGCCGCCUGCACAUUCAGGAUGAACCACGUAACGCUUCCAUUGCCUAGACAAUCUUCAAUUACUUCCAAACACUUUAUUGUCCACGUUGUAUCCAAACGGUGGUUGUCCUCGACUGAGUUACUACUGCAAACUACGUGCCUCUACUACAAGUACAACGAAAAU